AUGCAGGGCCUAUACCAGGCUGCUGGCCGGAUUCUCAUGACUUUAGGGGCUCUCAGUGUUUUCUCUGGAGUUAUUGCUUUCUUCCCAGCCUUUUCUUAUAAGCUUUGGUUCACAGGAUGGAGUGUCUGGAUUGCUUGUCCCAUUUGGAAUGGAGCUUUGGCCAUCACAGCUGGUGUACUCCUAUUGUUGGCUCACAAAGCGUGGACCCAGAGAUACUUGUGGGAAGCUAGUUUCACUUUUGUGAUUCUGAGCCUUAUAGGAUGUCCACUUCAUUUUGCAGUAGCCUUGGAAUCGGCUCUCCUCGGCCCAUAUUGCUUCUACUCAUUAUCAGGGGUUGCAGGCACCAAUUAUCUUGGUUAUGCGGUUGCCUUUCCUUUUCCGUAUGCAAAAUUCCCAUCAGUGUGUGUGGAUCCACCACACUAUGAAGAGUACCACCUGACGCUUCAAACCUUUGACCUCUGCCUGAGCUUUGCCAUGUUCUGCGCGUCCCUGACAGUUUUCCUCAAGCUCUCUGCAAGACUUCUUUGGAACGGACACAUAAAUGGUCAAAAGAAUGGACAAUAAAUUUGAAGCAAUGUUCCUCUUAAAUUUGUUAUAUCUGUGGCCAUGAUUUUGAAAUAUUUGCCAAAUAAUUUUGAUACUUGAACAUUUUUCCUCUAUGGGUUUAUAAAAUAAAAACUG